AUGACGAACAACGCGACGAAAAGUCAAGAGGACCUGAUGCAACUGUUCGGUAAGAUGGGGGUGACCGCGGAGAAGUCCGAGAUCAUGACAUCUUCCAUCGCCGCUGGCGACUACCUCUGCAGCAAAGGCCUGCAGGGAAGAAAAGUUUAUUUGUCUGGGAAGCUGCGGGCUGAAGUAGAGCUGCCGGAGACAGCCAGCGUCGCCGACAUCUUGGCUGCAAUCCAGCACGAGGGAACGCUAGACCCAACGCUGAAGAGAACCCUUGUCUUGGAAGGCAGGGCCUUGGAGGAGUCAGAAUUGCUCAGAGACCUGGAUCUGCAAAGUCCGCCACCCGUACAGAUGCAGGAGAUCUUGCAAGUGCAGCAUGCAGAGCGUGUGAUGUCUUUGCCGAACCAAUGCCGGCUGGUGCAAUUUGCUGUUGUGGGUGAAAGUGGCGUUGGGAAGACGAGCCUGGCCUUCCGAUAUGCCACGAACCAUUCGCAACGUGGGCAGGCCAUGGUGGAGAUCCCGUUCGCACGGGUAUUGGCCGAUGAUACGCCGUUGAGGGUUCUCCUUCGGGACACUUCCCGGCCGACUGAGCUUCCCUCGUCGCUUUUCCUCCUGGGAAUGGAUGCCCUCCUUCUCGUGAUCGACCUCACCGACCCUCAAUCUCUCCGAGCCCUUCACAGAUGGGUGCAACAUGACACUGUGCAAGCAAUGCCAGCCAAGCUGUUAAUCGGCAAUAAGGCCGACAUGACGGCUCAGCGGAAAGUUUCCCGCAAAGAAGCGGAGCAGUUUGCCGCUACGAAUUGUCUGGCCUACUUCGAAACGUCUGCAGAAGAUGGAACAGGUGUGGAUGCUGCCAUGGACUAUGCAAUUUUCCAUGCUCUUUCAAAGCUGAAGAGCCUCCCAUCGCCGCAGUUAGCAGCAGAGCCUGCCCGGACUUUUCUUGGCUGCAAUUUGCAAUGA